AUGGGUCAGUUUGUAAAGUGGUAUCAAGAAGUUCAUGCUGAUGCUUCGCGUGAUGCAGCCGAAAAAGACAGGUAUAUUUUUUCAGCUCUAGCAUCAAACGUUAAAGCCCCCUACCUGUAUGCUUCAAUAACGACGGCGAUAAGGAACAACGAUGAGAUUGGUCUUGCUUUCGAGAGAUUGUUAUUUGAGGACUGGGUCAGAUCUAUCGGUCGUGGCAACUUCAUGAAAAAUGAAAAAGUUUUACAAUACCUUCAACAUGAUCAUGAUUCUCUUGACGGUCAGAAGAUGACGAGAUUGCAGUUGACACUGGAUAAAGAAAACCAUUUCCUGUUCGACGACUUCAUGAAAUUGAAAUCGACCGUAUACUUGAAGCGCAGCUACUAUCAGCCUCUGUUGGCCAACUUCAAGGCAAAUCAUGACGGCAAGGUGGAUAAUAAGUACCCGAAUCUGCGGCAUAGUCAAACCUUCGACAUUGAUGCCUUGACAAAUCUUGACGAACUGGAUAGGGCAGUGACCGACUUUAAAGCUGAUUUUGGUCGGUACCUUUUGUCUAAGCUGCGUAUUAUUGCGAAUGACAAAGACAUCUCGGAACUGCUACAGGAGCUAGCAGAUACUAAUCUGAUGAGUGAUUCUCUUCGAAAGGUCAAAGCUGCAUUGAUAGCGAGCAAGACGUCAGCACAGCCAAAGCACUAG